AUGGCCGACGCCUUCAAGGCAGAGGGAAACAAAGCAUUCGCUGCCAAAGACUUCACUACUGCUGUUGAAAAAUUCUCUCAGGCAAUCGAGCUCGAUCCUGAGAAUCAUGUCCUUUAUUCCAACCGCUCCGGCGCAUAUGCAUCUCUGAAACAAUAUCAGAAAGCUUUAGACGAUGCCGAGAAGACCACUGAAAUCAAAGCCGACUGGGCGAAGGGUUGGGGUCGCAAGGGUACUGCCUAUCAUGGUUUGGGUGACUUGAUCGGUGCCAAAGAUGCUUUCGAAGAAGCCCUCAAGCUUGAUCCCUCCAAUGCUCAAGCCAAGGCUGGUCUCGAAUCUGUCGAUAGAGCAAUUGAGGCUCAAGCCCGAGAAGAUGGCGCUGAUCUAGGUGAGGGUGGUCUCGGUGGUCUGGGCAACAUGUUCAACGACCCUCAACUCAUCCAGAAACUCGCCAGCAAUCCAAAGACCGCAUCGUACCUCGCCGAUCCGCAGUUCAUGGCCAAACUUCAACGUCUCGCCAAGAAUCCUCAAGAGAUGGGUCAAGAGCUAGGUGAUCCUAGAUUCCUACAAGUCAUGGGUGUUCUUCUUGGGGUCGAUAUGAGUCUGGGUGGCCAACCAGGUGCUCCUGGCUUUGGCGGUGAUAGAGCCUCCGAGGUCGAAGAAGACGUUCCCAUGCCCGAUGCUCGUUCCCAAUCAAAACCGGCUCCUCAACAGAAGGCACCUGAGCCCGAGCCCGAACCCGAAGAUGAAGAUGAAGAAGCCAUCGCUGCGAAAAAGGCAAAGGAGGAUGCAGAAGCGGAGAAGAAGCUAGGUACCGAGAAUUACAAGAAGCGUAAAUUCGAUGAAGCCAUCGAGCACUAUUCCAAAGCUUGGGAUUUGCAUAAAGAUAUCACCUACCUCACCAAUCUGAGUGCUGCAAAAUUCGAAAAGGGUGACUACCAGGGUGCAAUCGAGUCAUGUGAAAAGGCUAUCGAGGAGGGUCGUGAGGUUCGAGCCGACUUCAAGAUCAUUGCUAAAGCAUUUGGUCGUAUUGGGUCUGCCUAUGAGAAGAUGGGUGAUCUCGAGAAAGCCAUCAUCAACUAUCAGAAAUCACUGACCGAACAUCGCACUCCUGAAAUCCUGGCAAAAUUCAAGGCCGCCGAGAAGGCAAAGAUCAAGUCCGUCAAGGAUGCUUAUGUCAACCCAGAAAAGGCUGAGGAAGCAAGACUACUAGGUGCUGAGAAAUUUAAGCAGGCAGACUGGCCAGGUGCUGUUGAAGCCUAUACCGAACUUACCAAGCGUGCUCCUGAAGACCCGAGAGGCUACAGCAACCGUGCAGCUGCAUUGAUCAAGCUUCUCGAGUUCCCGACUGCCAUCCAUGACUGCGAUGCAGCUAUCAAGCUCGAUCCCAAAUUCAUCAAGGCAUAUUUGCGCAAAGCACAAGCACUUUUCGGAAUGAAAGAAUACAACAAGUGCCUGGAUGUUUGCACUGAAGCCGCAGAACACGACGAAGGUGGCAAGAACGCUUACGAACUUGAACAACAGCAGCAGAAGGCACUUGAAGCCAUGUACUCCGCACGACAGGGCGAGACUGAAGAAGAAACCAGUGCCAGAAUCCAGAGAGAUCCCGAAAUCAUGCAAAUCCUGUCCGACCCCAUUAUGCAGUCAAUUCUCCAACAAGCCAAGGGCGACCCACAGGCUCUCAACGAGCACAUGAAGAACCCCAGCAUCCGCAGCAAGAUCCAGAAACUCGUCGCGGCAGGCGUCAUUCGCGUCGGCCGGUAA